AUGGAUUCCGAAUCCGUCGUCUCGCAGGUCCAGCGCAAGAUUGAGCUGCAAAGCCCCGACGAUCUCGCCUACCUCAUCACAAACGUGCGCAACGCCGCAACCGAGCACCUCAAUGAAGCGUUUCCGCCGGUAGAGGGCGAUGGAGGGGAGGAUGAGCUGCGGAAUCAGAUUGAGUUGCUCGUAAACGAGUACAUCAACAAAACCUUUUCCCUCGCCGCCCCCAACCUCACCAUCAAUGGCCUCCCCGUCGCGCCCGAGUCCUUCGUCGGCACCGCCGCCCCCGCGCCGAAUACCGUCUACGAGCCCUUUGACGCCCGCAAGCGCCGCCAGGUCGCCGACCUCAUCACGCAAGAAGAGAAGCUGCUCGAGGACGUCGCCGCGCUCAAGCGCUCCGUGCCCGCAAAAGUAGCCGCCGACCAUGCCGAGCGCAUCCGCACGGCCAUGCGGCAGGACGAAGAGGAUCUCCGCGAGCGGGUCGCCAGGGACGCUUCGGCGGCGGCAGCAGCAGAGGCUGAGGCUGGCGAGGCCGGGACGACGACGACAACAACUGAAAGUAGAAAAGGUCCACCGCUGGCUGCGCGGUUGCAGAGGCAGGAGAGCGUCGAGGGGAGCUUCAAGACCGCGGUUCAGGGGCUGAACCGGCUCAAGAGGGACAUGCCGGCCGUGGUGGCCAAGAUGGAGAGGGCCAGAGUGGCGGGCGAUUACGUUGUGUCAAAAGGGCGGUGA